UCUGUGAGCCAGAAAAUGAGCAGUCCGCCCUGCCCAUGGAUGUCCACCACAACUACCCUUGCCCCUGCCACCACCGCCAUCACCACGAGAGCCAAAACCACCCCUUUGCCAAAACCUAAACAACAAAUUGACAGAAGUUCCAUUCCUGGCCCUGCAGCAGUUCUUAUAACCUGUUGCUUUGCCUUCAUUGACUUUACAAUACCAUACAACAAAAUUGUAAGUGCUUUGAGGACAAGUCCCCGCUGUGCUGCUAAAGCCAUUGUGGUUACGACUCCUAGAACCCAGUUUUGUGUGAAACCAAAUGAAUUAUGGAUAAAGGCUGUAAUGGAAAAACAGCUUCAGAAAUGAAACCGCAACACAAUACUGUGCACAAUAUAAUACUGUU